GCGAUUCCCAUGAGCACCUACCUGAGCAGUCAAGAUGGCAACCGAGAUCUAAUAUUCUUCCCGUUUGAAAAAAGCUCAUGUGUUUAAAAAUCCUGUUUGGACAAAUCUGUCGUCGAAUAUCGUGAGUAGAGUUCAAAUUAAUAAGUCCAUUAUUAAGAUUGCAAGAUUUUCCUGUUUUGAAAGAAAAGAAGGAUGAUAAAACGAUCGAUCCUAUCGAAUCCUAUGGCUGACGAUACUGUACGUGCAUUGAAUACAGUUUUAGCUCUGCAAAUAUGAAGAACCAAACUGUUCUUGAUGAAGAACUUACGAUGGAAGAACUAACAGAUAAAGAAAUCAAAACAGUAGAGAAGUUUAACCGGCAACUUUCACGCCAUUCGAUUCUUAGUAUCCGAACCGAAGAUGGACUUGAUGAACUCGAAACUGAAAUUCCUGAAGUUUAUGAUCGAGAAGCGCCAAUUGUAAAAGAAACUAUCACUCAAGAAGAAGCUUUUAUGAUGAAAAACGUUCUCAGAGCUUUUGGAUAUGUCCAGGAGAGUGAAAUUCUAGAGAAAGACACGAAAGCAGACAGAGUAGAUGGCAGUAAAAUCUAUCGCUGGUUUUCUUCGAGUGAAAGUUAUGAUACAUCUUACUAUGAACUUAGCUCUUCGCAUACAAGUCGUUUUAUAAGCCCUGGUAGAUUUUACGUUAGCGAAGAAACAAAAGCUAUCAUUAGAGAAGUCCACCAAAAAAUAGUACAAAGAAAGCCAUGCUCGAGCACAAGUUAUGAGAGGCAGAUUCUAGUUAAAGUUCAAUCUCAAGUGACGUCGGAGGGUGUAAAAUUGGAUGACAUUGGUAUCGAAAUGGCUAAUGAGGAACUCAAGAAUGAAACAUCUGGACAUCCUUCAAACGGUGUAGGACCAAGUUUUGGUAUAAAUAAUCCCGAAUUUUGCGACUCUCGAAUCUCCCUGCUCUCAGAUCCAAACAUUAGUAACGCAAGAAAUGGUCACGUUGGAUACACCGACCUGUCACGCCUUCCACCAAGAGAAAGAUUUCAAGAAUUAACACGAAGAGCUUUAGCGCGAAGAAAAGAAGAAGAAAAAAGGAAAAAACGAGAAUUUUAUACUCGACUCUGGGAAAAACGAGGGAAAGCUGGAUGGUUGGAUUUGAUUUUUACCAUCAUUGGUUUUGGAGCAUUCUUUGCUGACACUGGAACAGACAUCAAGGUGGCAAGCGACCAUUUCACCACAGGGGACCCCUGGUGGGGGACUUUUACUCUUAUACUUGUAAUAUUUCCUGCAAUCCUUGUCAACCUUGUAUCUUAUUUCUUUUACAAAGAGGAUGAAGGUCAUGGUAGGGUUCCAGAAAGUGGAUGGAAAGCUGUGAAAAUCACACACAUUUGUCAAGUUGGUUUGGUAGAAAGGUAUUGGCAAAUCUUAGUAAAAGGAUACCAAAUCAAAUUCAAGAAACUACGAGAAACACUCCAUUAUGAGCUAUACAUUGCGAUGAACCUUGAUGUAGCCAUGUUACAAAUGAUUCUUGCAUUUACAGAAGAUGCUCCUCAACUGGUUCUUCAGUUAUAUGUUCUCAUUCGAAGGCAUCUUGUAGAAACACUUCAGACUUCACGAAUACAAGACCUGUGGACCAUAGCAUCGAUAUUCUUCUCAUUUAUCUCUUAUUCACGUGCCACUGUUAACUAUAUCUCAUGUUUAAGAAACUCCAAAAAACACAAAGGUGUCUUGAGGUGGUAUGGAUAUAUUUCUAUGCUAUUGUGGAGGUCCUUGAUGUUUAUCUCUCGUAUCUUGGUUCUCGUGUUUUUCGCCUCGGAAUUUCAUAUUUGGUUCUUUCUAGUCCUAUUCCUGCACUUUGUUAUUGUUUUUGCUUUAAUGAAGUCCCAGAAAGUCGGGUUUUUUCCAGGACAAAAACCAAUGCAGUUCUUUAUCCGAGUCGUCAUUGCAUACAUUCACACAUUUUGCUUUUUCGUUCUCGAUGCAGCAAAAACAAUAAAAUGGGCGAUCAUUUAUUAUAGCUUGACUGCCAUUGAAGCAAUUAUUUUUUGUUCUCUGUGGUUUACAAAUGCAUACCGAGAGAUUUCAUUAAAAUUAGAACUGGCUGGCUUGUCAGUCAUUUUCAUAUCCUACACACUUGGCUUGUUAAUGAUGGUUGUCUAUUAUAAGUUCCUACAUCCAAAAUUCAAGCGACCUCAAACGAAGUGGUACACAAAAAAAGCGAUACCAAAAGAAGAACUCUGUGAAGAAGUUGAAGAUGAGGAGGAAAAAGAAAACGAAGAAGAAGAAAAAGAGCAAGAAGAAGGAGAAGGUGGUGAAGCUGACCAAGUACAAACAAACUUAGAUCAUUUAGCAAGGAACAGAGCCUCAAAUAUUGUGAAGCAAUUUGCAGUAUGGGUUUGACAUUUUUUUGUUUUUAGAUUAUUAAUAUUUAGAAAUGAUGAAAAAGUGGAAAUUUUAAAAGGAAAAAAAUGAAAAAUUUGAUUGUCUUGACCUGAGAGGAUAAGAAAUGACAAAGAAAUGGCUCUCCUAUUAUUUGGAUUUAUAUGUAUAAUCUUUAGAUAUGUUGCAUGCACUGUUUGGCUAUCUGUGCCGUAUAGGGCAGAGGCAAUAAAAUCGCUUGAUUAAAGGUGCGGUAAUUAAUACGACAACAAAGUGGUGCAUAUUGUAGUGCAAAGUUAUUGCAUUGCAAACUGCAUAGCAAAUGCUGGUUGCCACUCCAUGCGCAACAAAUUUUCGUCAUUGCAAAAAGUAGACAGGUUCAAGUGUACUUCACAAAACAAUGCAAAUUUGUUUCAUGCCUAGUAUGUGGCAAUACAAGCAUCAUUUGCUCUGCAAAUUCCAGCACAACGUUGCGCGACAAAUUAUUUGAUUUUGUUGCCCACAUUACUGUGUGGAUGCUUCACAAGGGCGGAUCCAGAAUUUUUUGAAGGGGGGAUCUCAGGGGUAAAUUUUGUGGGCAAAGGAAUCCCAGUCGCAUUUUUGCCACAGGAAGCCCAUUUGACCUCAGGAAUGACCGGGGAGUCGCGACCCCCCCGACCCUCCCCCUGGAUCCGCCCUUGCUUCAAUAAGAUCACUUCGAUAAACUAGUAUCAUUAACCAAUCAUAUUGCAACAUUUAGUUCAAUAUUACAUAGUUUAAUUUAGUUCAACCAGUCAAUCAGAUAACCCAUUUGAUGUAAAUAAGAGUGUGAGAUAGUAAUAAUCUGAUUGGCUAACACUGCUAUCAGUUCAAUUUUUGUCUAGUUUGCUGUUAUUUGAUUGGUCAGUGGUCCCCGUUAGUGUGUCCACAAAUAGCUUUUACUACUUUUGCAAAGAUCUUUUUACUCUUUUCCCAUUUUGGACCAUGUCUCAUUCUCUUGAGCAAAAUUUAAAAAUGGGAAACAAAAUGGGGAUGGGAUUUAAUUCCAAUUCAAUUUAUUAAAAAUAGAGGUCAAAAUUAAUGCAAAGUUUAUAAUUAUUAUUCUGAGUCUGCAAACCAGUUGCACACCAGAAUUAAGACAUUCCCCCCCAAGCAUGUGAAGGACUAAAUCAGAAAUUAUUCUAGUCCUCUCCUUUUCAGUUCCUUCCAGUUUUUUAAAAUCAUCAGUGUUUUGUACGGAAUAGGAUUUUGCAACGUUUUGGUCUGACAAAGAAGUAAUAUUCAAGAGGAUGACUCAUGGUCUUAUUGUGUGAGAGAGAAAAAGAUGACAGUGCACCCCAGUCCCAUUUAUUCAGACUGCUUAGAUAUGGAUAGCAGUUGGUUGAAUUGUUCCUUUCUCACAUAAGAUAUUAUUUUAGUUUCGUGGUAACAUAUUUGAUACAUAUAUAUGGUAUUGAAAUUUUCAUAAAAUGAUAGUAAAAUCAAGGACAAGGCAGAAAAACAGGUUCUACUUUCGACGUUUAUGCGUUAAUAAGCUUUAUAUUUCAUAAACAGGCUCUUUUAGGGCUUAUUAACAAUGUAUACCAAAAUUUGGGGAAAUUUAAGGAAUGCGUAUUUGAGAUAUAACGCCCUAAACRUUGGGAGAGAUGAUAUUUUAAUCAGCACAAAACUAACAUUUUCCUAAUACCUCGAAGUAGAAUUGCUCAAGGUUAGCAGAAUUUUGUGAAAAGUUUAAAGCACAAGAGACACGAAUGAAACACUAAACGUUUUUUAGCAUGAAUGAGAGAUAAAGAAAAAAAAUGUGAAAGUAGCAGCCUUGUCGUUUUUCUGCUCUGUCAAAAUCAAGCAUAGUUCAGAGUUUUAACAUUUCAUGAUCAAAGAAAAACCCAACAUGGGACAGAUAUAAAUUAAUAAAAAGUUAAAUAAAUUAACUAAAAUCCAAGAAUAUUUAUUUUUGAUAUAAACGAUAACAGUUAUAUGGCGAUAAUUUUUAUUGGCAAACCAAAUGAUACAUAAUUAUUUAUCAAAUAGUAGCAUUUAAAUAAUUCAUUAGGUUGCACAUUUCCAAUCUAUUUAAAUUUUAAUUCGUUUGAUCAUGGUAUUUCUUUACAUUUUUCACCUCAUAAAUCUCAAACUUA